UAUACUUCAACAUGCUUCAACAUGUUCCUACCAUAGCUUCUUCUUAUUCUAACGAGUGCGUUUAAGUGAGUAGGGAGCCUACGGUUGGAGUAAAUAGGAGCAUGUUGGAGCAUGCGACGCGACAAACCUAUUGCACAACGUAUAUAUGAAACAACGCAUGCGAUCCGACUCACUUCGAGAUUGUUCGAGUCUUCGGGAUAGGUGGCGAGGUCUGACCGAGUCUGGCGAUUACUCCAAGUUGUGCGCGCGCGUGGCCUCUCCCUCCGCCCUUUCGUCCCUCUCUAUCCCUCUUUGAUCAACCCACGGCGGACGUCACUCCGAGACCCGAGUUCGAGUCACUCCAGUUCGGCAGUCACGAUAGUCGCGGUAGGAACUGUGAGAAGAGACAGUCAGUAUUGUCAGUAGUGUCAGAAACUUAAUCGUGUUCCGUCAUGACGGAGGAAAACCGCAAGGAGGUCCGCGUCUGGUGCGAUGGGUGGUAAGUGUCUAUGACAUGGUGCAUUUUGGACAUGCAAAUUCCUUGAGACAGGCGAAAGCUUUAGGCGAUUAUCUGGUGGUAGGUGUUCACAAUGAUGAAGAAAUUACAAAACACAAAGGCCCUCCCGUCUUCACUGAGCAAGAAAGGUAUAAAAUGGUGCGCGGCAUUAAAUGGGUAGACGAAGUAGUCGAAGCUGCACCCUAUGUCACUACAUUAGAAACAUUAGAUAAAUAUAACUGUGAUUUUUGUGUUCACGGCGAUGAUAUCACAAUGACGGCUGACGGCGUGGACACGUAUCAUUUAGUCAAGGCAGCCGGCCGCUACAGAGAAGUCCAACGUACAGCCGGUGUUUCAACGACCGAUCUUGUAGGACGUAUGCUGCUGAUGACACGACAACAUUUUCGACAGGGUGACAACGAAUACAGCGUCGAUAGAGAACCGAGCAAGAGCAUGGGUCAGGAUCGAAACGCUCGGAGUCCGUGGACUGGCUGUUCGCAAUUCUUGCCGACCACACAGAAAAUUAUACAAUUUAGCGACGGCAAAAGUCCGCAGCCGGGCGAUAAGAUUGUGUACGUAGCAGGCGCGUUUGACCUCUUCCAUGUGGGGCACUUGGAUUUCUUGGAAGUCGCUAAGAAAGAAGGAGACUACCUCAUUGUCGGUCUGCAUACCGAUCCCGCCGUUAAUCGAUACAAAUGCGGCAAUCAUCCUAUUAUGAAUCUUCACGAACGAGUUCUCAGUGUGUUAGCGUGUAAGUAUGUUAAUGAAGUUGUUAUUGGUGCGCCAUAUGCAGUGACAAGAGAGCUGAUGGAACAUUUCAAUGUUUCUGUCGUGUGUCACGGACAAACGCCCAUAAUGCCUUGCGAGGAUGGAUUGGAUCCAUACGCGGAGCCCAAAAAGCAAAAUAAAUUUAAAUUGUUAGAUAGCGGUAACGAUAUGACAACGGAAAAAAUUGUUGAAAGGAUCAUUCUUCACAGGUUGGAAUUCGAGGAUAGAAAUUUAAGGAAGGAGAAAAAAGAGCUUGCCGCUUAUGAAGCCUUCAUCAAGUCAAAGAACAAUGACAAGAUUGAAUAAUUGUUUAUUUUGUUUUUUUUUCUGCGAACAUUCGCAGUAUGUAUGUGUGAUGAUUAGAUUUUAUAAAGUCAAUGUGUAAAUACGAUGUCACACCGACACUCAAUUUAUCAUUUCGAAAUGCCUUACAUAGUUAAAUGAAUAAAAUAAAAUGAAUAAUCAAUUAAUAUAUGCUAAAAAUAGCAGUUAGCGAUGUGGAAAUCCACGUUAGUUUUGCUUUGUUGCAAUACAUUAUAUGAUUAAAUAAUAUACAACGACGACGAUUAUGAAAUUAGAUGAAUAUAUGCAAGGUGUGUCAGGACUAUCAUUCUAUGGACAUGGCUUGUUUUUAUUAAUUUUUAAUCCAUUGUUUAAAAAAAAAUAUAUUUUAUUUAGUUACAAAUGA